CUCAGUCUAUUAACUAACUGAUACGCUCUUUGACAAUAUCACAGCACAUCAUAUUAAAAAUAAUUCAGUCUCAAUUUACGUUAACCAAUGAUGGAGUGGACAAGAUCAGAAUUUAACAAAUUUAUUAUGAAAUCAGAAAAUAAAGUGGAUGUAUCGGAUGAAGCGAAAGCAUUCAUCAAAAAUGUCGAGAAAUAUGACUUCAUUAGACUUAGUCUUCCGGAUAUAAAUGGAAUUCAUCUGAGUAAGUUGUUACCCAGACGCUUUGCUAAAAAGUUGGCAAUGGACGAGGUAGAAAUUUAUUCAGGGACCAUUGCAUUUGGACCUAGAUUUGAGAUUAUCAGUAUCCCAGAAAUAGUUGAAAAGAAACAUAUAAACAGUAUUUUGAAACCAGAUUUUUCCACGCUACAUCCAUGUCACUGGAUUUCACAAAAGAAUUAUCCUCACCCACAAAAGGAUACCGAAAUGUUUUCAAGAGCAAAACGAGAAGGCAGUAAAUAUUCAUUUUGUUCCAUUUUAUGUGAUAUGUAUUGGCCUAAUAACCAGCCAAUGUGUGCCAACCCAAGAUUUGUUGCUCAGAAGCUUAUCAGAGAGUUGGAGGAUAAAUAUAAUCUACGUUUAUAUUCAGCUUUUGAACCAGAGUUUCGAGCUUUUGUAAAGGGAAGUUAUGAAACGUCUUGUUUAAAACCGAAGCCGGGUGAUAUUACGCAGCUUGUCGACCUUAAAAAGCCAAUCCCUUGGACAAAUUUCUCAGACAUGUACAGAACAAGUUUGUUGUCUGUGUAUGAAAACUAUUUUGCGGACAUUGACUACAAUAUGCAGUUAGCGGGGAUCUAUGUACAAGAUUACAGCAAUGAAGAUGGAGAAGGACAGUUGGAAUGCCCGUUAAUACCAACUUGGGGAUUGACUGCUGCAGAUAAUUAUUUUAUUCUGAAACAGGCUGUUAAAGAAAUCGGUGCCAAACACGGAAUGGAGAUUUCAUUCAUGACUACACCAUUACUGGAUUCCAGCUCUAGUGGGUGCCAUUACAACCAUUCUCUAUGGUAUGCUGAUAGUAAUCGAAACGCGUUUUAUGACGAUAAAGUUCCUGAUAAGUUGUCUACUGUAGCUCGUCACUGGAUCGGGGGAAUCCUGGAACAUUUGCCAGCUAUGUUAGCUGUUUCUUGUCCAACAGUAAACUGCUAUAGAAGGCUGCAUAAGCGUCUUGCUCCUUCGUGUGUGAGCUGGGAUUUUCAUGACAGGUAUAUAUCAGUACGUGUAAAAAACUUCAAUGAGAAACGAACAUACAUUGAAAAUCGUAUACCAUCGUCCGCAUCCUGUCCUUACCAUGUGCUUGCUGCCACAGUAGCUGCUGGACUAGAUGGCUUGGAACGUCAAAUACAACCUCCUCCUUCAGGUUUAAAACUAGAAAAUGGUCAAACUAAUGACUGUAAGAUACUUCCUAGUACAAUUCAGCAGGCUCUACAGUGUCUUAUGGAUGACAAAAUACUUGUAAACAAGUUGGGAGUAGAGUUUGUCGACUGGUAUAUCCAAGUAAAAAAGGAUGGAGAUUUGUCAACUCUUGGUCAUUUGAAUAUACAUGAUAAUAAUGAAAAAACACUGGCUUAUGAAAGAUACGAAUAUUUCAAUUUUAUGUAA